AUGGCUUCAGUCGACAAGUCCCUCGAUAGUGAGGUGAAAAUCAUUCGCAGAAAGCUCAAUAGUUUUGUCGGAUUUGCCAACUUGCCCAAACAAUGGCACAGAAAGUCUGUCAGAAGGGGGUUUUCGUUGAACUUCAUGGUUGUUGGCGAGAGUGGGUUGGGCAAAACCACGUUGGUCAAUACUCUAUUCAAUCGCGAGGUGUUGAAGAAGCCCAAAGAGCCUGAGGAAGAAGACAGCGUUGAGUCAGACGCUCCUGGCAACACCCCGGUGAGAAUUGAAACCACCAAGGCAGAGAUCGAGGAAGACGGCGUGAAAUUGACGCUCAACAUCAUCACAACGCCGGGAUUUGGCGACUCGUUAAACAACACCGAAGCGUGGAAGCCAAUUGUCGACGAGAUUGACCUGAGGUUUGACCGUUACUUAGAGGCCGAGUCUCGUGUGAACCGGUCGCAGGUUCCUGACGAGAGAGUGCACGCGUUGUUGUAUUUUGUAGAGCCCACGGCCCACUCGUUGAGGAGCUUGGAUAUUGAGCUCAUGAAGGCGGUCCACCAGAAGGUGAACUUGAUUCCUAUCAUUGCCAAGAGCGACACCUUGGUCGACGACGAGAUCGACGGCUUCAAACAGCGGAUUUUGGCCGACAUCAGGUACCAGCAGAUCAAGGUUUUUGAGCCUUCUGUGUACGAAAACGAUGACGAAGAAACCGUGAACAACUCGAGGGCGCUAAUUUCGUCGUACCCUUUUGCCGUGAUUGGGUCGAUGAAUGAAGUCACCACUCCUGAUGGGAGAACUGUGAGAGGCAGAUCGUAUCCUUGGGGCACCAUUGAGGUUGACAAUGGCGAUCACAACGACUUUGUGCGCUUGAGACAAUUGUUGAUCAGAAGCAACUUGGAAGAGCUUAAGGAAACCACUUCUGAGAUUCUAUACGAAAACUACCGGUCAGAAAAGUUGCUCAAGAUGGGAAUUGAGCAGGACAACACCGUCUUCAAGGAGUUUGAUCCAAUGACCAAGCAAGAAGAGGAGAGAGCGUUGCAUGAGGCCAAGCUCGCCAAGAUGGAGGCUGAAAUGAAAGCAGUAUUCCAGCAAAAGGUGAGCGAAAAGGAGAAGAAGUUGCAACGGUCAGAGGCAGACUUGUUUGCCAGACACAAGGAGAUGAAGGAGAAGUUGUUGAAGCAGAUUAAGUUGUUAGAAGAUAAGAAGGCCCAGUUGGAGAAGCAGAAGAGCUUGCCCCAGGAGCCACCUGUGCUGUCGACGCCACAGAAGACUCGUAAGGGCUUUUUGCGCUAA